AAAGAGGGCCGAAACGGUCGUCGUUUGGAUCCGAACAUUUCCGUAGACAAAGCCAGAAAGAGAAAGGAAUAAUUCUCCGGAGUUGGGAGUGGAGACUGAGCGAUGUACUUGAAGAAGCCGCUAUGGAGCGAGGGAAUAACACCGAAGGCCUCGUCCGGAUCUGAACAAGAACCGCCAUCCACCGCCGUCGGCGAUCUGGUCAACUCGUUGACCCAGCAGAGAGUGUACCGCGAGGUCACGCUCGCGCUCCGCAGCGGGCUGCGCGACGUUCGCGCCGAGUUCUCGUUCCUCCGUGUCCGCGGCCUCCGCGGUCUACUUAAGUUCCUCCGAUCGGUCGCCGAGACCGACUCAACCAUCAACCUCUUCUCUCAGACCCAAUCGCUCCCCGAGCUUCAAGUGGUGCCGGUGCUGUUUCAGCACUCGCUGAAAGAUUCGGGCGAUGAGAUCGUUCGGAAUUUGGAUCACAUUUUCGGCGUCGAGCCGCUGAAAAUCACGAGCCCUUCAACCGAUUCCGAGGUCUCGCUCGCGCUUAGGGUUUUGGAGGGUUGCUGCCUGCUUCAUCCAGACAGCGCGGUCUUGGCUCACCAGCACAAAGCCAUUCAGGUGUUGAUGAAUAUAUUACCGACUCGCGGCGUGAUUGAGCAAGGAGCUUGUUUGGAUGCUUUGAUUUCUAUUAUGUUGGAUUCAUCAGCUAAUCAAAUGGAUUUUGAGACUUUUCAUGGUAUUGAGGAGGUGGCAGAGCUCAUAAGAGAUAAGCAAGUUGAUGAGAAUCUCAGGUUGAAAUGUGGAGAGUUCUUGCUGCUGCUCAUUGGUCACGUAAAUGGGAGGGAUAGGCCACCCUUGGCAACUGUACAUGAGGACAUAAGGCGGCUUUUGGGUGAGAAAUCUGCUUCCUUGAUAUGGGCAGCCAGUCAGUUUGGUUCGACUCUUGAUCCGGAGCAGAGACUAACUGCACUUCACAUCCAAGCUCGUCGUGUGAUAGAGUCCUUAGACUUGUACUGAGUCUGAAAAUAGAACGCACUCUAGGAAUUUCCGUUUGUUUUUCAGUGAAAUCACAUUUAAUCUGUAACCAUGUUUUUUUCCAUUUGCUUGUCUAUUAGUUUACAGUGGCUGAUUUUCAAGAAUGUUAAAGAAAAUGAGUUGGAAGAAAA